UGCAACCCUGUUCUUGGUCCCCCCACCCUCGGUUUCACAUGGAAUGGCUGUGCCGCAGCCAGCCCCGGCCAUUGCUUCCACUUCCCACUGUCUGCCACCCUGCUGCUUUCUGAAUUACGAGUUUUGCCUGGCAUGGCUGGCUGAUUUUCCUUCAUCCGUCAAUAUUAUUUUCCCAUGACUUUGAUUUAUCGACCUCUAUCCAGCGUUGGCAAAUUCCAAAGGUGAAUUUGUCGCUGAAAUUUCUGAUUGUUUUCUCUCUCAACGCAUCAGGACCUGUCGUCCUUGGUUCUAUGUGCAACUGAGGAUCUGCAGCGACUGAUGAAUCCCCUGCCUACUCGCGGCACGCUGACAAUAGUGACAGCCAAUGGCGAAAAUGCCUCAUUGCAGCAGAUGCUCUACCCUGUUGCACCUGAGACACCGGUAUGCAAUGUGUCCCGAUCAUGAUGAGAACUACUAAGGGCGGUAUGUUCCAUCCUCGGCCGGUUGAGGGGGAACAUGGUUUGGAUGGCACAAUCUCAGCAGCCUCGGUGCUGCUGUAUUGUGAUAUCUCAUGAUCUCAAUGUGGGGCCUGCAAGCCUCCAGCAAGCAGCUACGGCAGCGACGAAGAUAGCUGCCUGUGUCGGCGUCCUCAUUGGCUCCCUGGAAUGGGCCUGGUCCUCCAAGCGAUAGGGAGACGCUGCGUCGCGAAACCAACGGGCUCCUUCCUCCCUCUCUCCCUGACCUCGCCCCCGGAUCCCAGAGCUCGCAAAACCGCGCCACACCGCACGCUGGCAUGCUUCCAGCCUGUUGUGACGGUGCCCCAUUGACGGCCCCUGUGAUUCCGCUGAGACAGGAGCGAAAUGAAGGGGGGACGCGACACCAUUCAGGAUAUGUCAUUUUGAGGGUGCCGUGCCGCAAAGGAUGCACGGUCAAUGGGGCUGAGUGAGGCCGGGUAUUGCCCCGGCUGUUCCUGGUGUAGUCUGGACAGCGCAGGCUCAGCUGAGGCCUCGCGUACAAGAGCCGGAAGCGCGUUUCUUGCAGAUCGCGAUGGGCUGAUGUGGUUCAUCAAGAUGGAUCGCACUGCGCCGCGGAGAUGGCAUGCCAUUUCUAGUCCAGACUGAUCGAGCGGAGCCCUCUAUCCAGGUGAGGAGCGGCUGAGAUGGCGAGAUUGAAGGAUAUGGCAGCAGUUUUCUUUGAAGCGAUAUUAUGAAUGGCAGGACGGCGGCACUCGCGAUGAACGAUUUUCCUACCGCUAUUUCAGAAGCUUAUAGGACUAUUGCUGGGGAUGGUAGGGAGAUCUGGGACUUGCUUGAUUAGUGAGCUAAGGGCUCAGAUGAAUUCCUUCAGGGGGGCUUUAACUAAAAGGUUGACCACAGCUUUAUUAAAACAUGAGCCCGGGCUACUAGAGAAGGUUUCAAAUCCGACCUCGUACCUUGAGAGCUCUUCUGUAGCUUGACCGCUGCAGCGGGCAGGCAUACCAAAAUGAGCCCCGGCCACGAGCUUCCCCUGGCCACAAGCUUCCCCCAGGCACAAACCUAACCGGGCCAUGAGCCUCCCCUGGUCUUGAGCUUCCCCAGGCCACGAGCUUCCCUAGGCAGUGCUUUGAAUGCGAAUUGAGUCCGGAAAGAAGAGUUGGGUGAUCGCUCAUUUGAUGUUGAGGUUUUUCAUUCUCUCAUUUACUAAAUCGGAGAGCCUGUGGAGGAUGCUUUCCUCUUUCAACCAGUUGAGGAAAUUUUUCUUGCGUUUAUGUGGCCCUCAUCCUCGCGUGACUGACAGAGAGUACUGGAAUCAUCAUAGUCUUCCAGAGCCCGUA